AUGCUCCAAAUAGGCCGCCCCAGCAAUGUUUUCUCCUUCUUCUCCAACCUAGGAGGCGGCGGCAGCAUCAAACUCCCCAAGCCCACGAUCCAUGCCAUCGAAGAGCAGCCUGAGAAGCGAGCACGAACACUGAAGCACUUACUGAAAGCCAAUCACAUCAACCAUUCUGUCAUCUACAAUGAGCUGCGGUUCCACAACCAUACACCUCAUGUUCUCGGAUCGGCAUACAUCCUCGGCGCAGACUCAGACCAGUUGAACACUGUUUAUGAAGCGGAGAGCAAACACCUUGAGCCAUGGAAGGACAGUCCCGGCGAGAUCAGCCAGCAUGAUUGGAGAGACUAUCUGGGCAAGAGGGAGUACCAGCGGGCAUACAUCGACUUUUUCGAGGAUCAGCUGGUGCGACAUGGGUAUGACUGGCACUCGUUGUUAAACGAGUACCUACUACAAGGGAAGGAGCCGCUCAUCAACAACCUGAUCGCUGGGCUGGGACAUCCUCUCAUACAUCUUGGCUAUGCGGAGGAGCUGAGUAGUCGGACGGUGGCGAUUGAGAGUCUGGCGCUGGCAACGUGCUUUUACAACGACUGGCAUAAGUUUUUGGAUGAUCCGAAGUACACCAAAUCAGCAUCCAAUCCAAGCGACUCACUCUUCACGAUCCUUGACCGCGUCAGCCGUGACCCGAAGUUCGACAACCUCUCCGAUCAUCAAGGCGCCGACAACAUCGACAAGAUCCUGGGUAAUGAGGAACUGGCCAAUGCAGCACUAGAUUACUGGAACGCAUGGCAGCUCAAGUCGCCCAAAGAGCAGUUCUCCGAAUCGCAGAAGGUAGCUGUGGCCUUGGUGGUCGCAGCGCAAACGCCGAAGGAGGACAAGAGCUACGACUUCUUCGCUGUCCAUCUUCUCACUACCUCGCACGCCGUCCGGAUUCUCCUGCCCCUCCUGCCUGCCAAAUUUCACAUCCCACUUGUCCGACAAUGGUGGCUCUUCACACUCCUCGUUUACAUUUCCCAGCUCCGGCCAGCCAUCAACAUCGACACGAUCAAGCUUGUCGAAUUGGAAGGCCGAGACUGGUCCUACGUCACAGACAAGGCGCUGAAGGGCAAGUACCGGACGGAUGCACAUUACGUGAAGGCGCUCAGGAGUAUGCACGAGGCGAGCCAGACGUGGGGCGACCCGAACCAGUAUUACCUCAAGGCGGCGGUGAAGAUGGCGGAGGAGUUUGAUGGGUGGGGUGGGUUUGGGCCGGCGGACGCGGAGUUGGAGGAGCAUGAGACUGGGAGUGGCGCGAGUGGGCAAAGGAGUCAGAGGAGGCACUCAGGGUUGGGUGAAGGGUAA